GGUACUGUAAACUAUAUCACGACUUGUUCCUUUCUGGUUUCCUUAUAGUUGAAUAUUUACUUAUAAAAAUUUUAACUAUAGCUGUGUUUUUAUCAUGAGUGAAGUCGAAAACUACGGUUCUCUCUCUGCUGCUUCCGAACUGGACCUCCUGGAAAAUUUAGCAGAAAGAGAAUAUGUACUAUAUAGAAAAAGAAAACUGGAAUCUAAACUGUUUCGCAAUUGUCUGCUUAGCAGUGUUUUCGUUUUAGUAGCAAUCUGCAUGCUGGUUUUUCUUGGAAUAAUGAUAGACCAUGUGCCAUUAAUUUGGGAAAUCAUUGGUUUUUCAACUGGAAUUACACUGGUACUUAUAUGCAGCUGCAGUAUUUUUAAUUAUGAUAGGCGCUUACGAGAACUCAACGAAGAUGAUGAUUCGUUUGAAGAACAAGCUACUAGCAAUCCGGAAAUCGGAGUUCAAAAUCCAAACCCAUCAAGCGAAACUGAAGGGCAAUUACUGUCAUUCCAAAGAUCAGGUGUAAAAUUCCAUGCCCAUCGGUUGAAAGUUCCCGGAAAUUGGUACGAUGAAAAUAAUAAACGAAUUUCUGAGCAAUCAAAUGCAUUAGAUGCAGAGACUAAACGAUAUACUAUGUAAAAUUGAAUAGAUUUUAUUCUCCUUGAAAUAUUGUGCAUUUUAAUCGGAUGAAUUAUUUUCAUACUUUAAUGCGACUCGAAAUCAAAAAUUGUUGAUUUCAAAAUACUUUUAGACUUGUGUAUUGAGAAAGUUAUUUAUACCUGCUGGGUGUACGUUUAUGCCUUGAAUUUUAUAUUAUCUUCUUUCAAUAAAAUUAUAACUGCACU